AUGACUGCGUAUUCGAAUACCUUUGCAAGUGCGCUUCCGCAUAACGCACUGGGGAGAGCCGAUCUUAUCGUCGAGACGGUAUUCCUCACUAUCGCCUUCCUUUGCACUAGCGUUAGGCUUUGGUCGCGGCGACUGAAUAAAACCCAGCUCCAAGCUAAUGACUAUCUGGUUCUUACGGCUCUGGUUAUCGCAACUGCCCGAUAUGCCUUGAUGGUUGUUCUCGUUGUGAAGUGUGGCCUAGGGCUCCAUAUCAACGAAGUAGACAGCAUUGGUGGUCCGGACACAAUUGUCAUCUUCCACAAGCUUAUCUAUGCGACCGAUCUGAUGUGGAUUACCCUCGUCGUCUUGAUCAAGGUGUCGAUACUGCACUUCUAUAGCGUCACCUUUCCCGUGGAGUGGUUCCGCUAUCUGGUAUACGGAGUCAUGGCCUUUGCCAUUGCUUUCUGGGUCGCGGCUUUUUUCAGUCAGGUUUUCUUCUGCAUACCGCCUCAGAAGUUAUGGCUCCCGAACAUACCUGGACACUGUAGUAAUAUGGUCACGAACAAAACGGCAGUGGCGUCGAUAGACCUCGGUAUUGAUAUUGUCGUGAUCGCGCUUCCCAUGCCUCUCCUCUGGAGACUGAAUCUAGCCACGGCAAAAAAGAUUUCUCUGACAUUCAUUUUUGGACUGGGAUUUAUAAUUAUCAUCUUCACCUCUGUCCGCCUUCAUUUCAUCUCCGAACUCGACUCCCCUGACAUAACGUAUGAAUUCCUAGAAAUCGGCAUAACUACGUCGCUUGUUCCAUUAUUAGGCGUCCUUACUGCGAACCUACCUAUCUCUUACCCAGUCUUCAAAAGGGUAUUCCUCAUCCCAUCACCACAGUCAAGCCGUGCGGCCGACCCCGACAACUUCCAUAGGUUAAGAGAAGAAGAGUAUCGUCUCACUAAUAUAGAGAGUUAG